AUGCGUGUUCUCUGCCUCCACGGACAAGGCGCCAGCCCGGCCAUCAUGGAAAGCCAGACCAGCACCUUCCGAGCAUAUCUCCCGCCGACAUGGUCCUUCGACUACCUCGAAGCGCCAUGCGACAGCGAACCCGGCCCAGGCCUGAAAGGCAUCUACCCUCCCCCUCACUUCUGCUUCUUCGACAAGUACAAUCCGGAGGAGUUGGAAGAGGCAGUCGAAUACGUCCGCGAGGUUGUCGAAGCCGAUGGACCGUACGAUGCAAUCAUGGGCUUUAGUCAGGGCGCCUCCGUAGCCGCCGCCUUCAUCGCACAAUCCCCCACCUCCAUAAAAUUCGGCAUCUUCAUCUGCGCCGCCUUGAUCCCACCCAUCACCGCGCUCUCCGAAGAACUCGUCAAAACCAUCGGGACGUUCGGACACAUUGAUCUUCCCACCCUGCAUUGUGUUGGGCAACACGAUACGUGCUACCCGCAGAGUGUGGAGUUGAGUAAAAGCUGCGAGAGUUCGCUAGGACAGGUACUGGUCUUGCCCGGGGGGCAUGAUGUGCCGAGGGAUGAUGUGACGUCGAGGAAUAUUGCGCAUGCGAUUGAGAAGUGUGCGAGGAGGGCGUUGGCUAUGUGUUGA